GCCAUUCACUGCAUCCACCGCAUUCAUUGUCCCCUCGGCCUGUCAAACACUGUUGUCCACCGUCACCUUCUGCACCGUGACCAGCGUUUCUCUGCGACUCUUCAUCACUAGUCAUUACUCGGCACGAACUCCUCGUGACCAGUGUCGUUGGAUUGCAGUGCGAUCAGCCCACUUACGAGCAGACUCCACAUUCGGUAUCACGACCAACUUGAGGUGUUGUAAUCCUGUUGUCGUUCUCUUGCCAUCCCACUAUUCUAGUCUUUCCAGUGCAACAACCACGCCAAAGACAUUACAAUACGUCGUCGUGGUGCAUGUAAGAGUCGUCACGGACAGAACGCCCACCCCCACGACCAAUUCUAGCCUUGCCGCCGAUCGAAACUUUUGAAGCGAGAUUAUACCGGACACACAGGCCUUGUUGGCUACAUCCUACACUGAAGAUGUCGUUGGAAAACGAGGCAGGCAGGGCUGUCCCCGACAUUGAACAAGCAGCAGAACACAUUGAGCAGACACCUGGAGAUGGCAGCUCCGAUGGCGAGGGCGGGGAGCGAACAGCAAGAGAAAGGCUGAAGAAAACAUCCAUUGCCGGACUUGUUCAGUCUUCGGAGGCAAGGGCUGGCACCACGAAUGAAUCCGUCAACGCCGAGUCUGUCCCAGCAACUCACCGUGAGGACACUUCUCGCGGACGACCUUCUAAGAAGAGAUCAUUCGAAGACCUACAGACUGAAGACGCUAGAGCGGGACUGGAAAACGGUGGCCCACCCGUGCCCAAGAAGGGUCUACACAAGAGAAUGAGAUCCAGAGAAGUCUCUGGCAGUGAUGAUGUUGCAGAAAUCGAGAAACUAGAAGACAUCGCCAGCCCUGUCCGGGAGGAAACCGACGCAGAAGCAAAACAGUCUCCCAGCGGACCUGGAGUGUUGGUUGAUGCGACAGAAAAAGGGGACGAACCCAAGACUACCGAGACAGACGCCCAGGACGUGACGGCCAAACCAGAGACUGGCGCUGUCGAUGCCGCAGCUGAGAAGCCCAAGAACUCCUCGUCAACGGAGAAACCACAGCCACAGGCGAAAAUCCCACCCUCAUCUGCCUUUGCCAAUACUUCUACUGCGUCACCCUUCAGCAAUGUCAAAUCGCCCUCAAAGGAGACUGCCACCGUUUCUUCACCUGAAAAAUCCACCUCUACGUCGGCUUUUGCUUCAUCUGGCUUGUCGGCAUUCGCCUCUUCGGAGAAGUCACCAUUCGGAGCGGUAGGCUCUACUGCCAAAGUCUCAGGGGGGUUUGGUGGAUCAGCAGGCCCCAGCGGCUUUGGAUCGUCCUCUAGUGGCUUUGGGUCUGCCUCGCCUUUUGCGACCAAGCCUGCUUCGGGAUUUGGGUCAGGUGGUGUCUUUGGAGGCGUAUUUGGAGUGGCCAAACCUUUUGGCAGUAGUGGACUCUCGUCUUUUGCAGGUCCAGCGGGGUCAGCCAGCUCCUUUGGAAAAGCCAAACCCAUUGGCACGGCAAACAACGACGAUGAGGAAGGGAGCGACAACGGCGAAGACAAUGACGAGAAGCCGGAAACAGAGGAGGAUGUUCAGCAAGACCCUCGAUUCAAACAGCAAGAACGUCUGGAAACGGGCGAGGAAGACGAGCAGACCAUCUUCCAGUGCCGAGCCAAGUUGUAUCACUUCGACAAGGAGUGGAAGGAACGUGGCGCCGGAGUUUUCAAGAUCAACAUCCGUUACGAGAGCAAAACAAUCGGCGAAGAUGCCGAGGGUGAAGCAGAGAAGACCGCAGGAGAAGAGGAGGAGGAGGAAGAAGACGACGUCGAGGCUGGUGGACAGCCCGAGUUUUCGACGGUCGAACGGAAAGCUCGCCUGAUCAUGCGGACGGAUGGCGUUCAUAAGGUUGUUCUCAACACGCCCGUUUUCAAGAAUAUGAAAGUUGGCACUGGUGAUGGCAAGGAACCGAAUGGGAAGACGAUGCUCAUCGCCGGACUAGAUGAAGGAAAGCCUUCACUUUUCCAGAUCAAGGUUGGAAAAGAAGAUGCUGUGAGGGAGAUGUAUCACAAGAUUCGUGAACUGCAGGAAGACUUGUAGACAUGAUGCCAGUCUCGUCUUUUCAUUGAUGCAGCUACAGUGCGGGCCAAGGUAUCGAAGUCAGCUUCAGAGGGAGGACGGCAGGAUAGUGGUCGCUACUGUGCGAUCAUGUUUCGCAAGCCUUGCCACGAUUUUUCUUGUCGCCAGCACAUACAUCCUAUGAAGUCAGGAGACUAGAUGGAGCGAUGCGCAAUGGGACUAAUGGCGGUUAAGAAAGGUUGGUGAUAUUGUCUUGGGCAGCAGACGUUGGCCACCACAAUAAAAGAAUGAGGCAGACGUUGAAGUUGUCGGAAGUCAUGAUGCAACUCGAAUUCUUGAUUUACUUUGCACCGACUAGAAUCAGUCGAUUGCUGUUCUAAGAUGUCAUACAAUGAUUGGCAUGAAUGCAAUUCUGAUCUAUAAUAUUACAGUUCCAGUAGAUCACACAACUGCAAUAUCAGUGUUGAAAUUUGCUGCUGAAUA